AUGCAGUUUAACGAUCUUUAUAGCUACGAUCCUUAUGGCGACCAAGCCAUGCAAGACGCUGCCGCAUGGAUGCCACAGCGAAAAUGGAUUUCCAACAACCCCAUUUUCGAAACUACCAACACGUCUCUUUCCUGCAACACCCCCGGUAUACCCGCUCGUGCAUACAUACCCAUUCGCGCGGGCGAGAACAUAACCGCCGUAUACUCGUACUGGGUGCAUACCGUCGGCCCUAUGAUAGCCUGGAUGGCAUACUGCGACAACGCCGAUAAUGACUGCGCGACCUUUGCUAGCGAAACGGCAAAUUGGUUCAAGAUCGGCGAAAAGGGGUUGCUGGAAGGAAGCAUCGAGACUGGAGAGUGGUUCCAGAAGGCGUUCAAACCACAAUUUUACCCCGAAUGCGCGCAUUUGGAGGUGACGAACGAUAAGGGGGGAGGCUCGAUUCCUAGCAAGGAGUAUAUGGUCAAAAUUCCAGGCGUAUGGAGUAUGGACCAACCCGAGAUCAAUAUCGACAUUUACAAUCCCGAGGUCUCGGCAAAGACGGUAUACAACAUCCCGGGCCCACCUGUAUGGACUGGAAAGCCGUAG